CUACGAUAUCUGGGUCAUCAAAUAUUCGACGUUCCAAGAACAGUUUCUCCUGUUGAUUCAGUUUCAUUCUGCUUCGCUUCAAACAAAAAACCCUUAACCCAUAACUAAUCGAAGAGAUGUCGAUCAUCCCUAGCAUCUUUGGUGGCCGACGAAGCAACAUCUUCGAUCCCUUCUCUCUGGAUUUGUGGGAUCCAUUCCAUGAUUUCACCUUCAUCGGUGGUGUUCUCAGUACCCCUCGGUUCUCAACCGAAACGGCAGAAUUUGUCAAUGCCCGCGUCGAUUGCAAGGAAACCCCAGAAGCCCACGUCUUCAAAGCCGACCUUCCCGGGCUCAAGAAGGAAGAAGUAAAAGUUGAACUGGAAGAAGGCAGGGUCUUACAGAUCAGUGGUGAGCGCAACAGAGAACACGAAGAGAAGAACGACAAGUGGCACCGUGUCGAACGCAGCAGCGGCAAGUUCCUCCGUCGGUUCAGGUUGCCGGAGAACGCCAAGGUGGACCAAGUGAAGGCGGCCAUGGAGAAUGGGGUUCUUACUGUAACUAUACCCAAAGAAGAGGUUAAACGGCCCGAAGUCAAGGCUAUUGAAAUCACUGGUUAAGAUAAUAUGUGUAAUGUUUCCAUAGAUUGAUGAAUCUGUUGGAUCGGCAUGUAAGGAAUGGAUUGUAAAGGUGUUUCUGUGCGUGAUUAAGCUUGUAUAAAAAUAUUUUCUGUAAACUGUAUCCUACUUGUUUGAUCUAAUUUCAAGCAAAUUUAACAUUCAAAAAGAGAUGGGUUUUUUCUUUUUUGUAAAUCUUCAUUUUCUUAAGAAAUGAGAAAUCAUUUGUAAUUUUGCUUCAA